AUGUCGCCCUAUCGGUGGCGACUGCUGGCGCUUCUUGGGACUGCCGACGGCCGUGUCACUGUGCCCCUGCAGCGGCAGCAGCGGUGGUUGGAGGCGGAUCGCUGGGGGCGGCGGCAAAGUACCACAGAGCAGCUGAGCGGACUGAAAUUCAGUGAGAGCCGGCCCUUUCGGGUCAGCUUCGACACUGGCAGUGCCAAUGUAGUGCUGCCUUGCUUUCAAGAAUCCAGUGCACGCCACACAACCACGACCGCCACGAGGCACAGCACCUGUGAUGCCCACACGGUGACCUUGGUCUUCGGCACCGGCGAGGUGAACGGCUCCUAUGCCGAGGGCGCCGUGUGCGUCGGGCAGCUGUGCGUGGAUCUGCGGAUAGUGCUGGGGCACACCUUUAGCGAGCAUCCCUUCAAGGAGGCACCCUUUGAGGGAGUGCUAGGUUUGGCACUCCCCGUCCUGGCGGAGGGCAGCAACUUCUCCUUCAUUGAUGAGUUGGAAGGCCAUGCAGGGGGCGAGCUCUCGCUUGGCGGUGUGGAUGCAGAACGGAUGCAACAUGAGCUGAUUUGGGUGGCGGUGCGGGAUCUCACCCUGGACGGCGAAGACAUGAAUCUUUGCGGGCCUCAAGGCUCUUAUCGUGCCUGUGCCUUGGCCCCAGACAGUGGCACCUCGGCCGCGCUGGCGGCGCCGAGUUGGCUGGCGCGGCGCUUGGCGGAGCAACUGGCGCCCGGCGAAAGCGCCGAGAGCUGUUGGGAGAUGCCACGCUUGGGCUUCCGGUUGGAGGAUUCAGACUUUGCUUCAGCCGGAGGGACUGGGAUUUUACGGGUCCAGCAGCUAGUGACAGGAGUGUAUCCAUGCCUAGAAUUUCGGGAGUCGGACCUCCUCCUGGAGCUUGAGGCAUCUGACUACGCACAGGUCCACGAGGACUGUGAGCUGCAGCUGAUGGCAGUGGAUGUUCCAGCACCCCAUGGGCCGUUGAUCCUGCUGGGCGAUCCUUUUUUGAGGAAGUACUACACGGUCUAUGACCGCGAGAAGGGGAAGCUUAGCUCUCCUCAGGAGUCCUUGCAGCAACCCUCACAGGGCUUUUCGACUCAGCUACCAUCCACUCGCUCGGGAGAUCGCUCCUCCUUGGAUGCACUCAGUUUCAACGUCUCUGAGCGGAGGUAUGCUUCAGCCAAUUCCAGUGGUGCCCAGGUGGGCGGAGGCUCCUAUAAUGUGUACUUCGAGGAUCAUUUGUCCCGUUUGCAUGCCGACAUCGAGCUCACCACACGCAAGCUUGAGCUGGAGCAGCGGCGCCUGGCGAAGCUGGACAAGGACCUGGCCGCAGCAGAGUCAGAGUACACUCAGAAGCGCCAGAAGUACAAAGUCAUGCAAAGCUCUCAAGAGGAUGCUCAAGCAUCGCGCCAUAAGGAUUUGCUUCAACUGGAGAGGCAGCUGGACUUAGCAAUUGCAGGGUUCAACAAGCUCAAUGCCCACAAUGAUGGGUUGCGAGCGCAGAUUGACCAAUUGCGAAAGGAAAGGCAGCUCUUGGAUCACGUCUUUAGGAAGAUGGAGAAUUCCAUCCGUGCCAGCCGAAGGGCCAUUGAGGAGGCCAACACAGACAUCACAGGCAACAGGUCGGAACAUGACAAGAUGCAGCAAAGAUGCCAAGCAUUAGGGAAAGCUUUAGAGCGUGAGCGAAAGAACUUUCAGAAGCAGACUGAGGAGCUUAAGAAGCAGAUCAAUGAGCAGAACAAAAAGGCACGAGAGCAAGAGCUGCUGAGUCGUGCAGGUAGCCCCUCCGCACACGACGGGAGCCCGGGCUCCCGGCGGAAGAACUUCAUGGUGGCCGACGAGGAGGAGGCCUUCUCCGAGAGCGCCAUGCACCGGCGAAUCUUGAAAGUGUGCUUUCUCAACACGAUCCAACGCAGGCACAUCAAGCAACAUAUGAAGAAUAUCGAAGUCUUCGAGCAGGCCUUCGCAACCAUCAAGUCCAGCACGCAAAUCAGCGAUAUUGAGGAGAUCGUCAAGAUCUUUGUGAGCCUGGAGCAGCGGAACUUUAGCCUCUUGACCUAUGUGAAUCAACUGAACCGAGACAUUGAAGCGAUCCAGAUUCAAAACAAGGAACUGGAGGCAACGAUCAAUGCCCGCAGCCCUGAGGGCAUCGCGGAAGCAGAGAAGUCCAAGGCUGCUGGACAAGAGAAAGAAUCCAGAGAAAUUGCUGAGAUCAAACAGCAGAUUCAGAAGACUCAAGAUGCAACAGCUGAGAAGGAUCGCGAUGUAGACAAACUCUCUAAUGACCUGGAGCAGUGCAGGCCAUACAUUUGGAAUAUUGUGAAGUUUCUAAAAGAGGAGAUCCCAGGACUUGUUGAGCAGGGCUAUGAGGGUGACCAGCCCUCCUUGAAGGUGUCUGCGCCCGACGAGCAUGAUGGUCAGAUGAGCCAUCACUUGAUGUAUGUCGAGGAGGCGCUGAUGCUCUUCCGCGCUUGCUUGGGUGGCGCAGAUGCUCGACAGACGGUGGUGCCGGCCAAGGUGCCUGCAGGCGGCCUGAAGAAGCCCACAGACUUGCCCUCAAUGGCACACUUCUCCUUGGCGACCACCACGCAGAUUGACGACGACGAUGACGAUGAUGAAGCUGGAAUUGAUCAAGGGCCGGUACCUCAGAACGCUGGAAUGAGCGGCGCUGCGGGGGAAGUGGGGACUCCUUGGGGACUUCUGGCAACCUGUGUGCUCACGGGUCUGUCAUGCAAUCGAGGAAAGUAG